CUCCCUACUACCGGAGAUAGCUUUAUUGCAUUUUUAGAAAUCAGUGUUGGUUGGCAGUAGCCUUACCUGGUUCGUUCAGUACAAGAGAAGAUGGCGACGAGAAAAGUGAGCGUUAGCAGUGUCCUUCUAGCAGUGAAUCUCUUUCUAUUUUUUUCUUUUCUAAUCGAUGCUAGAAAAGUCGAAGAUAAUGUUCAAUCUUUCGGUGGGCUACCGUUCUUACAAUUCACAAGAGACGGUGUCCGUGUGAAUUUUGCUGGAUAUCAUGCUGAAACUGGUCUCGGUGGUUUUCUUGGUGAUUCUCAAACCGGUGGAGGACUUCAUGCAAGUGCUGGAACACCGUUUGGUCCACAAGCAUCUGCUGGAUUAGGUGGACUACUUAACGGUAAUAAUGCAAACACAGGUGGUGGCUUAUUCGCACAAGCUGGUCUUGGACAUAAUCGACCAGCAGCCAGGGCUGGUCUUGGAGGAAUCCUAGACGGAAGUGGAAAUUCGAAUAAUCCGAAUGCUGCCGGUAAUCUUUUCGCCGAAGCUGGACUUGGAAAUAAUCUACCAGGAGCUAAAGCUGGCCUUGGAGGAAUCUUAGAUGGAAGUGGAAAUUCGAAUAAUCCUGUUGCCGGUAAUCUUUUCGCAGAAGCUGGACUUGGAAAUAAUCUACCAGCAGCCAGAACUGGACUUGGAGGAGUCCUAGAUGGAAGUGGAAAUUUGAAUAAUCCUGUUGCCGGUAAUCUUUUCGCAGAAGCUGGACUUGGAAAUAAUCAACCAGCAGCCAGAGCUGGACUCGAAGGUGUCCUAAACGGAAAUGAAAACAAACCUAUUUCCGAUAAUGUUCAUUAUGAUACAGUAUCUAGUAAUACCGCGUCAAUUAAACCUUCCACAAGUCAUACAAACAUACAAUUAAUUUCAGGAUCAAUACCGAAAAAUCACAAGAACCAAAGAGCAAUAGCUUCAAAAUCGUUAGUCUUGGUCAACGAACCUGUUCCCGAAUCAAAAUACUCUUCACCAGUAGGUACGUCAGCAGAACUAUAUGGAAAUGUUUAUCCUGAUGCGAAUUCGGGUUACGUCAGUGACAAGAGUGCAUUCGAAAAUGUACAAAAGAUCCCAACUUCCCGUGAUAGAUCGGUCGAAGAAAAUCGAAAGAUAAACGAAUCUACUACGUCUAUCAAUGGCUUGAUAUCUUCGAAAGCAGUCGUUACAGCUAAUGCUGGAGCUAAUGGCAAUGCUGCGAUUGGUAGUAAUGUUAAUACGGCACCAGAACAACCGGUGUUGAAUCAUUGGUACUUAAGAAAGAGAUUUCGCACUGGUCCAUUGAGAAAACAAAUAAUACAAUCGAGUUCGGUGAUACCAGUUUCGGUUCCAAUCCCAGCAUCCACGUCUAGCGCCACAUCAGGAACUGCAUCUGGUGCGGCCAGUGCAUCCGGAGAAAUUAUCUCACGAGUGAAUACCGACGGUUUGACUGGCAGUGACAUCAUUUUUGUUGGUUCAAAAACUUAUAAACCCGGAUCGUUCUUUGAUGAUAUUUUUAAUAUACCGAUUUCCACGUUGACGGCGGUAAAUCAAUUGCUCAGAAAUAAUGUUGGUUGAGACCUGGACCAUCUUUAUAUCAUCUUUAUUACUAUAUAUUGUAUUUCUAUAAUUAUUUUCUUUUGGUACUAAUACGAACGAUCUUUGUAGCAAGAAGAAAACACGUUGUAUUCAUAUGGUUGGUGCAUUUGUUUAUUAUUAUUAUUAUUAUUAUUAUUAUCAUCAUUAUUAUUAUUAUUAUUUUAUUUUAUUUAUUAUUAUUAUUAUUAUUAUUAUUAUUAUUAUUUAUUAGAAACAGUUAUAAUUGAUAAAGAAACUAUUAUAAUUGGUAAAUAGAUUGCUUUCAUACAAACGAGAAA